AUGGCUUCCAAAAGGGCGGGAGAUACGAUGGCGGCUACCGCCGGCCCGCCAACGCUGCCGAGAGUGCAGAUAGCUGCAGAGCACUUACAGAUCCUGCAACAACGCUUCGAAUCGCUGCUAUCUUCAAUCGUGGGUCUCAAGGAAGAGAUCGCAAUGGUGCCAGGUAUGGACGAAUGGCCAGCACUGCUCCAUCGAUACACCAACCUCCUCUCGCAUGCCUACUCGCUUGCCUCAUCACUGUCAUCGGCAUCGCCUCACUUUCUGCCGUCACAAUUGACUUCGUUCAACAAAGUGCUUGAAGCCGAAGCCGAGAACUCGAACUUGUAUGCUGAUGUCUCUGAUUCUUCUGCACUCUUGGGCGGCAUCAUGGGAGGCGGUACUGGCAGCUUCACUGAUGACGGCGUCAAGGCCACUGCAUAUGGCUUACCCGAGCUUAACUUUUACGACCGCAACAAUCCCUUGCCAUUGCUGUUAGCGCACCCAGUUCUUCCGAUACCAGAAGAGAACAUCAACUUUCUUGGUGCUCUCUUGCGAACAGCACCAGAGGCUGAGAUCAUGAAGGAGGAAGCAAGCUUGGUAGAAAGCUACGAUACAACGUCAGCGGCCGAGAUGCAAGGUUUUGGCAGCGAUGAUGUGGACGCCAAACUGGAACGCAUUCAGGACGAAAUCGCACAGCACGACAUGCUGGCGAUGCGUGCACUCCGCAUGUGGUAUCACCUCAGAUAUGCUCCAGAUGAAGAAGGUAAUGUGCUGAAUCCGAGAGAGCGUCUGCCUGCUACUGACGAUGGCGAGGGCGAUGCGGAAAAAGGCGAAGAGUCGGAGGCGAGCGAUGACGAUGAUGACGAUGCUGAGGAUGGAGCAGAGACAAAGAGAAUGCAACAGGAGCAAAAGUAUCGACGCAAGAUGGAACGAAGCUGUUGGGAUGCUAGAGCGGUCUCGGCUUUCCUGCGCGGACAUACCUCGAGUCUUUGA